UCCUCAAAAUACCUAAAUACCCUUUCCUUUUCUACUCUACUCUCUCUCUCUCUCUCUCUCUCUCUCUGCGUUCCAAGGAAGCAACCCAAGCACAGGACUUCUCCUUCUCUCUUGAAACCCUAAGAAUGGCUGAGAACAAGAACAAAUACGACCGUCAGCUCAGGAUAUGGGGAGAACAAGGACAGUCAGCACUCGAGAAAGCUAGCAUUUGCUUGCUGAACUGCGGUCCUACUGGUUCUGAAACACUGAAGAAUCUUGUCCUUGGUGGGAUUGGAAGUAUCACAGUUGUUGAUGGAUCUAAAGUUGAAGAGGGCGACCUCGGUAACAAUUUUAUGGUGGAUGGGCGAAGCAUUGGACAGUCGAAGGCAAAAUGUGUUUGUGCAUUUCUGCAAGAGCUAAAUGAUGCAGUGAAAGCGAAGUUUGUGGAGGAAUAUCCAGAGGCACUAAUCGAGACAAAUCCUUCUUUUUUCAAUCAGUUUACAUUAAUAAUAGCAACACAGCUGCAGGAAAAUUCAAUGCUAAAGCUGGAUAGGAUCUGUAGGCAAGCAAAUAUCAUGUUGAUAGUUGCACGCUCAUAUGGCCUCACUGGGUUUGUGCGUAUCAGUUUGAAGGAACAUGAUGUGAUUGAGUCUAAGCCUGACCAUUUUCUCGAUGAUCUUCGGCUGCACAAUCCGUGGCCUGAGCUCAAGCAGUUUGCAGAAACCAUUGACUUAAAUGUGACAGAUCCUGUUGUCCAUAAGCACACACCAUAUGUUGUCAUUCUUGUGAAGAUUGCCGAGGAAUGGGCCAACACGCAUAAUGGCUGCCUUCCGUUGACUAGGGAAGAGAAAAGAGAGUUCAAGGAACUUUUGAAAUCUAAGAUGCUUUCUUUAGAUGAAGAUAACUAUAAAGAAGCUAUUGAAGCCUCAUUUAAAGUUUCUACUCCUCGAGGAAUUAGCUCAAAUCUUCAGCAAAUAAUUAAUGAUAGUCGGGCCGAAGUUGAUUCUGCUUCUCCAGACUUUUGGGUGCUAGUGGCUGCUUUGAAGGAAUUUAUCAAGAACGAAGGUGAUGGAGAGGCCCCUCUUGAGGGAUCUAUACCGGAUAUGACAUCUUUGACUGAAUAUUACAUAAGUUUGCAAAAGAUCUAUCAGGCUAAAGCUGAGGCUGAUUUUCUUUCAAUUGAGCAGCGGGUUCGAACCAUAUUGAAGAAAAUUGGCCGAGAUCCUCCUUCCAUUUCAAAGGCAACCAUAAAGAGCUUCUGUAGAAACGCUAGAAAGCUCACUGUAUGCAGAUACCGUUUGAUUGAGGAUGAGUUCAAUUCUCCUAUUUUACCAGAAUUUCAGAAGUAUUUGACGGAUGAGGAUUACAGUGUUGCUGUAGGGUUUUACAUUCUGCUUCGAGCUGUCGACCGAUUUGCCUCUAUUUACAACAGAUUUCCAGGGCUUUUUGAUGGGGAGAUGGAUGAGGACAUAUCUCGACUGAAGACAAUAGCCUUUGGUAUGUUGAGUGACUUGGGUUGCAAUGGAUCGACCUUAUCUGAGGACCUAAUCAAUGAAAUGUGCCGAUUCGGAGGUGCAGAGCUUCAUGCAGUGGCUGCCUUUAUAGGUGGAAUCGCAUCACAGGAAGUAAUCAAGCUGAUCACUAAACAGUUCGUACCCAUGUGCGGGACUUUCAUCUUUAAUGGUGUCGAUCACAAGUCUCAGUUGUUGGCUUUGUAAAAACUUUCAGCUAUGCCUGCCACUUCACUGCCAGGGCAGGGGUAGUCUUGAUGGUUGAGUCGUAGGGGCACAUGACAGGUUACUGGUCCAGUACAUGUUUUAAAGAGUACAUCAUGAUUGAAGUCGGUACUGAAGAGAAUGAUGUUUUUUCUUUGAAGGGUACACCUCCAUGUGGUCUGGAAAGAUUUUUAACAAAAAAAUAGUAAGCAGACGUUGAAUUGGGACUACUGAUUUCUACAGAGACUAACACAAUGACAAUGUAAGUAUUACAAAAUGGGAAAAACAAAAAAACAAAAAAAAUAGUGGGACUGCCCAGCAGAUUGGUGAAAUGAAUGAUUUCUCUGACAGAAUGUUCAUGCAUUGUUACUGAAAGCAAACAUUGACUCGACAAACUCGAUAAGGAGACUGUGCUUCCAUCUUAUCAUGUACCCGUUAUGGUCCUUGUUUUGCAACAAAGGACUUCUAUUCGAUUGACAUUGGGAGUUAGUCGAA